GCACCAGUCCUAGUCCAACAGCAGCGACAACAGCCGGGACAGUGCCGGCAACAUCAACAACAGCCGGGGCAAUGCCGACAACGACAACAAGAGCAGAAACAACAACACCCUCCGGAACUCAGGUAGCGACGACGCCACCACCAGCCCCGCCGGAGAUGAAUUCUAUGAGGGAUUUUUACAGGAUUCUGGAGACAUACGACAUGAGGAUCCGCCCUAACGACCAAGGUCCCGGAGUUCAUGUUCUCAUGCAGAUGUACGUGGAGAGCAUCGCUUCUAUCUCCGAGAUAUCAAUGGACUACGUCAUCACGUUCUACUUCCGGAUGUGGUGGAACGACCCCCGGUUCCGGUUCACGCCGACCCAGCCCAACCAGACGGCCCAGCUGCACGUGGCUGCCCGCAGCCUAGUCUGGACGCCUGACGUCUACUUCCUGAACGAGAAGGACGCCGGGUACCGGGCCUCCAGCGCCUUCACCAGCCUGCUGUGGGUCUGGCCGAACGGAGACAUCCUGUCCAGCCAGAAGAAGACGUUGAAGAAUUCCUGCCCGAUGGAUUUCCGCAUGUACCCUUUCGACGCCCAGUUCUGUAAGAUUCAACUGGGACCAUAUGGUAUGACAACGGAUGACCUGGUAAUCGAGUGGAAGGAGCCGGCUGUGGAAACCAACCCCGGGAUAGAGCUACCGGAGUACGUCAUCGAUGGGUGGACAUGGACGAGCUGUGGCGGGAACUACUCCAUAGGUGAAUUCGGCUGUAACCAGGCCACUUUCAAGUUAGUACGUAGUGUCGGGUACUACAUCACACAGACAUAUGUGCCCAGCGCGCUGAUCGUGGCGCUAUCGUGGCUGACGUUCUGGAUCAGUCCGCUCCAGGCCCCGGCCCGGGUCGCCCUGGGCAUCACCACCGUCCUGACAUCCACCACGCUCACCUCGGCUACAAGGAGCUCCAUUCCUAGGUUCUCCUACAUCCGGGCCAUCGACAUCUGGAUGCUGGUGUGCACCAUCUACGUGUUCACGGCGCUGGUGGAGUUCGCGGCUGCGCACCACUUCUCCCGCAGGAAACAGGAGAGCCAGAUCUCCAACCAGAUGUACAAGAACAAGGAUCGCCGACGGAAGAAAUGGGCCUUCCAGACCAACGGUAUCCUGAAGGUCCACCCCUUCCAGAAUGAGAAAGAUGUCGUCACCGACGGAAAAGACAAGAAGAAGGAGAAUCAAGAUGUGGAGGAGGACUUUGAUGAGGAUGUUGCCCAGGCCAUGGCGGAGAGUGACGAGCGUGGUCAGAUGAUUGCCGCCAAGAUAGACCUGAUGUCCAAGAUCUUCUUUCCUGCAACCUUUAUACUAUUCAACAUUAUCUACUGGGCCGUGUACAUGGGUAGUUAUGAAGGAAAAGUGUAAACUUAAAAAAACGUUUACAAUCCUUAAUCAUGAGCCUAUUGAAAUAAUGUAAAUACAAAUGUACUGUACUUUAAACGUUCAUACCAUGGUCAAGACCAUGGCUUGCUGAACAAAACUAUGUACAAAGCCUGUUGACUAGCACUGCACUGCACAAGUUUUAUCACUAUAAUGUACCAUGGUACUAUAUUCUUGUAAUUGUUCGUGUAAGAUACUAAGUACAGAAAGCGAGUUAGGGGAGGGAUCAGUUAGUCAUCAAAUGUUCAUGACAAGAUAAAAAAAACAUGCCGAUGGCUCCAACACAGCAAUAGAAUUAUAGGGUUUCAGUGGUAAGAUAUGACGCGAUUUUGCUAUUUUCCCAAAACUAGUGAGGUAUAAAUCCCCACAUUGUUAUCGUUUCAUGAGUUCAGUGAUAGGUCGGAAAUCAAUCCUGUUGUAUAUAGCUGUAUCGUCACAGCAUGUCUGUACAGUCAUGAAAUGUCUAUCGUAGCUCAUGAGAUUCAAAUGGUCACAGUAGAUAGCUGGACACUAGAGACAGAAUUCUUAACAAUUUUGUCAAUUGGAAAUUCAUCCAAGGGACCAUAAAAAAGAGGCCACGAUAGCCAGGUGAUCCUUGUGAAGAGUCGGUCGCUAGUACACUGUUUGUAUGUGUUUCGAAUCGUGAUUGUCCCGUGAAUUUAUGCUCACUACACUUAUUAUCAUCUCACGUGUGUAAUAGAUGAGGCGAAGAUCUGCCCGGCACAUGUAGAAUGGAUAUUCUAUUUUGCCAAAGCAAAGUUACUCCGACAUGGACAGAUAACCUGGUCCGUUCGUUUUGAAGAUACUGUACUCUAUAACAUUUAAGUACUGAACAUGAUACUAGUAUGCUGUCAUGUUGUACCUUGAACCCGUAGCACCCUUAGUUUCCAGAACGGUGACAUGUUAUUUUAUUCAAAUGCUUCAUAUGAUCUGAUAAUAUGGAUUUAAUUCAGAAACAAUGAUACAAAGCAUUUGACGACAAAAAAACGCUUACUAUGUUAGAACGAAUUUGACUGUUUGAUAUCAAGAUUCGUAAAUCAUCGGCGAAGAUUCAAGUACGUCUUACCUAUGCAUGUAUCUAAAUGUAUACGUGUCUAUGGAUGACUGAUUCUUAAAUUGCUACAGGGCUUGGAACGGCAAAAAUGUAAUAAAGUUGAGUAACAAUCACUAUCAAAAGUAUCGACUGGUGUGAUUUAUUAUAAUACUUUAAGAUGUCACAGAGGUGUGCAGCAAGCUUCUUUAUCUUUACCAGUGAGAAAAGUGCAGUUGUGCCUCUUGGUUUACUUAGCUUAUACCACAGCCUGUUGACUGGUUUCAAUGCUAUUGCACUGCUGCUAUUAUACGUUACA